CAUGUUGAGAGAGCUCGGCAUUUAGCCUUGAUACUGUAGACAGCAUAACUAAUAAACAUGAAUUACUAAUACAGUGCUUUUGUUGUAUUCAACUUUUGAGGCGUUAAUGUCAAUUAAACAUAGGUUUAAAAAAUAGUAUUAUUGUCAUCUUCAACCUAGAGCGUAACCAGGAAGUGAGUGGGAGCGUGGAGACGAGGGGAUCUUUGGUGUGGAGGAGUGCGCUUCUCAGUGAGUGAUUCUUGAUAAACACUUUCACUUGAAAGUCGCAGCUACAAUGUUUUCUUCAAAGUAGUCAUGGCCCACGGGAAGUCGCCUUCCAAGACCCGGGGAUUAUGAUAUUAGUGCUGUUAUGUAUUUGUCAGAAUGAGUAAGGAGAACCUCAGCGACUGGCCCCCUUCCCAGACCUCUACAGAGGAGGAAGAGGAUGAGGAAGAUGAUGGGGAGCCCAAGGUGUGUCAGGUGUGUGGAGAUCGGGCUACAGGCUAUCACUUCAACGCCAUGACAUGUGAGGGCUGCAAGGGAUUCUUCAGGCGUGCCAUGAAGCACCCCACUAAGUUCUGCUGCCCGCGGCAGGGUGUCUGUGUCAUCACCAAGAACAACCGCCGCCAGUGCCAGGCCUGUCGACUCCACAAAUGCCAGUCCAUAGGCAUGCUGAAAGAGUUGAUCAUGUCAAAGGAGGCUGUGGAGAAGAGGAGGAGUCAGAUCAGGAGGAACAGGAUGGUUGAAGAGCCCCCGGUCCUCUCGCCACAACAGGAAGCUGUCAUACAGGAACUGUUCAACGCCCAUGAAAAGACCUUCGACAUCACCUUUUCCCACUUCCAGUUCAGGCCCAUCGACAGAGACCUCAACCCCAUGUCUGUGUGGAACCAGACUGCCAGUGGGCAAAGUGUAAAACAGACUAGAAGAAUGGAUAACUUGUCAUCAUCUUACUCCACAUCCACCUCCACCAGCUUCUCCUCUUCCUCCUGUUCUUUAGAGGAUGAGGAGAAGGACAGGAGUGAUGGAGGGAAGAAUACAGUUUUCACCACUCUGCCCGAUGUAGCUGACCUUACCACCAACAUGGAGGAAAAGAAGGAGGAGGAGAAGAAGGAGGACAGGAGUGAUGGGGGGAAGAAUACGGUUUUCACCACUCUGCCCCACAUAGCUGACCUCACCACCUACAUGAUCCAAAACAUCAUCAACUUUGCCAAAGGACUCCCCUCCUUCAGGGCCCUGGCCAUAGACGACCAGAUCUCUCUGUUGAAGGGGGCCAUGUUUGAGAUGAUGCAGAUCCGCUUCAACAUGAUGUUCAAUGUCAAGACGGGCAUCUGGGAGUGUGGUCCCCUGACGUACUGCAUGGACGACGCUGUCCGGGCUGGGUUUCAGCGCCACCUGUUGGACCCUCUGAUGCGGUUCCACUACACCCUGAGGAACCUACAGCUGCAGGAGGUGGAGUAUGUUCUCAUGCAGGCCAUCUCCCUCUUCUCUCCAGAUCGUCCGGGUGUGAUCAAUCAUGGUGUGAUUGAUAGUCUGCAGGAGAAGCUGGCUAUUGCGCUGAAAGUCCACAUCGACUCCAAGAGGGCCAAGCCUGAGAAACACCUGCUGUACCCUAAGAUUCUGGCGUGUCUGACGGAGAUGAGAACUAUGAAUGAGGAGUAUACCAAACAGGUUCUGCAGAUUCAGGACAUCCAGCCAGGCAACUCAUUUGACCCACUCAUCCUGGAGGUGGUCAGCAAGGACCCCUGAGACAGACACACCCAGACAGGCAGCAGCAGGGAUGCCUAAAUCACUUUCUGUCAGGUUUCAACAAGGACAUCUAGGGAGAAUCUUAAUUACAUGCUCCUUGUGUCCUCUCUCCUCGACUCCUUCUCAAAACCCAUUGGAUGAAAGAGCCAGAGGUCCCUCCCUUCCGACCUUCUCUUCCUAUGGGUUUUGAGAAGGAGGCGAGAAGAAAGGACGCAAGGAGUAUGUAAUUGAGAAAAGGACCUAAAUCACUUUCAGACAGGUUAAUCCACUUUCCUCAGCCCAAUAUACAGAACGGAUGCCUAAAUAAUUGUGACAGUCUUCAACAGAGACAUGUAAAACUGCCUAUGGGGUGAUUUAAUCAUUUUCCCUCUCAAGUAUGUAGCUUUUAUUUUAUUAUAUCAAAAUAUAUCAAAAGAGCUAUACGUAGUUUUUUAAUGUGUGCUUGGUUGUAUGUAUUUUUCUUUCAUCAUUCAAUUAUGCAUAUUGCCAACACAAAAUGAUCUUAUACAGGACUGAACGAGGGGAUGUCCCCUAUGGUUCUACAGAGGUUUAAGGAGGGAUUUGGUUUUCUGUGAAAAACACUCUUUGGCUGCUGUAUUUCCUAAAGCUGGUCAAGUGCCUCCUUAAGUGUGAGACAAAAUAAAUCUUGUACAUAUCAAUUUAUCCUCAUCACAGACAUGUUACAGGUGAAAAGGACAGUACAAUCAGAAUCUACAUGUGAUAUACAUCAUCUUAUAUGUAUUGUUAACGUUACAAAUGAUGCAGGUACCUGUAUUCUGUGUUUUAGUGUAUUUGUGUUUUUGCCUUUGUUACGUGAAUGUUUGGUUGUUUUUUUCUAGACAUGUACAGACGUGUGUUUGGCUGUGUGAGCGUUGGGUCAUGGUUGUCGUUGGUGUCUUAAAUAUUUAUCUUUCUGUGUGCUGUAACACUAGUAGACACACAGGACCUCCAUGGCUAGAACUUUAUGACCUUUGAACUUUGUUUUGACCUACCUCCCAUGAGCUCAGGUCUACAAUUCCUUAGGCUUUCCUCCUUCUAUUAGUGUACGGCCACACAAAGAUUUGGUGUCUGAAAUGUAUGGAUUGAGACAAUAGUUUUUCAAUGGACGUCAUCAGAUAAUGCAGCCUGGUCUCGUAGACUAGAUGUAACAUAUUAAAAGCAAAUACGGGACACUCAAAUGAGUAUGAUAGGUUACAUUUGGUAUGGUUACAUAAGACAGAUGGAUACUUCAGGCAAAAACAAAAGUAGGGUGAUUGGUGUAUAUCGCAACAGUCUAGUAACCCAAAGGUUGCGAGUUCGAAUCUCAUCACGGACAAUUUUAGCUAAUUAUCAACCUUUCAACUACUUACUACUUUUUAGCUACUAUGCAACUACUUAGCAUGUUAGCUAACCCUUCCCCUAACCCUUUAACCUAACUCAUAAACUUAACCUUAACCCUAACACCUAGCCUAGCUAAUAUUAGCCAGCUAGCUAACGUUAGCCAUCUACCUAGAAUUCGUAACAUAUUGUACAGCAUGCAAAUUCGCAGCACAUUGUACGUUUUUCUAAUUUGUAACAUAUUAUACAAAAUGGGUGAUGGACAACCACAAAUGAAUACAUAUCAUACUAAAUGGAGAGUCUCAGAUUUACGUACAGAAUAAUAGGAAAUGCUUUGCGACCAGGUUGGAUAAUGGAUGAUAAUCUGUAAAAAAAAAAUAAAAAAAAACACACAAGA